AUGGACGCGCAUUUGAUCGCGACGGUCAACAAGUUGCAGGACGCCUUCGCCUCGGCGGGCCUGACCUCGAACCCGGUCGAUCUGCCCCAGAUUGCAGGUGAGUGAACUGUGGCAGGUUGCGAGAGGGGAGAGGGGCUCUUGGUCGGGUCGGCGGUGCAUCGUGACGGGUGGCGAUGGCUUCCAUUGACGAUCCCGUUCCCGUUCCUGGUUCUGUUUCGUGAUCUCCGUUUGCGCUCGUUGCGCUCUGCCCCUUUUGUUGUUGGAUCCGAUGUGACAUUCCACCUUGACAGUGAUUGGAUCUCAAUCCUCGUACGUAGUUCUCUCGUGCCAUUGUGUUUCCUGGCUUACGCCACGGGGUGCGCCAGCGUCCAAGAUCGAGCCGAGCCGCUGAUCCUGCCUUGUUCGCCCAUGAUCCCCUUCACCGCAUACACAUCUGCACCAACCACACCAUGCAUCAUCGUCGUCGCUCGAAUUCAACAGUGGGAAAUCGUCCGUGCUCGAGGUGAGCUAGCCUUCGCCGCUCUCCGACAGGCCGAUUUUCGAACGACGAAGGCCGCCGCCUCUGAAACUGACCAUCCCAUCCUCAUCUCAUUACAGAACAUUGUCGGACGCGACUUUCUGCCCCGAGGAAGUGAGUCAGAGCCGAACAUUGUGCUGUACGUCUGGACCGGUCGGGUGGCUCAACUUCCUCGCUCUCUUUCUUGUCCACAGCCGGGAUCGUCACUCGACGACCUUUGGUGCUGCAGUUGAUCAACCGACCUGCUACGGGAGGCAAGAUCGUCAACGGUGGUCAGUGGGAACCCCAUUGCUUGAAAUUCUCAGUCGGGAAAGCUGAUGAUGCACUAUCACAUCCACAGUCGCCGAAGGAUCGGCCGAGACGUCCGACAAGGCGUCCAACCCUGAUGAGUGGGCAGAAUUCGUACGUCACUCCUGCUCGUCGUCGACCCAACGAAGGCUAGCUAACGUCUCGCCUUUGCUCCGCACAGUUGCACAAACCGGGAGAAAAAUACUAUGAUUUCAACAAGGUCCGGGACGAGAUCGUCGCCGAUACCGAGCUCAAGACGGGCAAGAAUGCUGGUUAGUGGGCUUCACUUUGGGUGCCUCACCGUGAAUGGCCGACUGAUAAGAGUGGCUCCGCUCUUUUCAGGCAUUUCGCCCCUCCCGAUCGGUCUCCGAAUCUUCUCGCCUCACGUCCUCACCCUCACUUUGAUCGAUUUGCCCGGUUUGACCAAGGUCGGUCUCGGUGCCGUUCGUGCCAGGUUUUUGACCGCCGGGUGCUGAAACAGAACCCCCUUCUUUCUCGACACAGGUGCCCGUCGGUGACCAACCGCGCGACAUUGAGCGACAGAUCCGAGAGAUGCUGCUCAAGUUCAUCAUGAAGCCCAACUCGAUUAUCCUCGCCGUCACCGCGGCCAACACCGAUUUGGCCAACUCGGACGGGCUCAAGCUCGCUCGUGAUGUCGACCCCGAGGGAACGAGGACGAUCGGUGUCUUGACCAAGGUCGAUCUCAUGUCAGUCUAGCGUCCGAGGGACUUGUGCGUCUGACUUGGCGGGCUGAGCUGACGAGCGUCGAGUUUUUGAUGCACGCCAUAGGGACCAAGGUACGGAUGUCGUCGACAUUCUCGCCGGUCGCAUCAUCCCUCUCCGACUCGGUUACGUCCCCGUCGUCAACCGUGGUCAACGCGACAUUGACCAAAAGCGACCGAUCGCCGCGGCUCUGCAACACGAGAAGGAGUUCUUCGAGAACCACUCGUCGUACCGAUCCAAGGCCUCCUAUUGCGGUACACCGUACCUUACCAAACGCCUCAACACGAUCCUUAUGCACCACAUCAAGAGCACUUUACCCGACAUCAAGCAAAAGAUCUCGCAGACGUUGAGCAAGUACGAGGCCGAGCUGGCGUCUCUCGGUGGCGCGAUGGGCGAUCAGAACAACGUGAGUGGAUGGGAUGGAGCAACGGUAGCCGGGCCGCCGGCGUGGGCAUGCUACUGUCGCUGACCCAGGAGCACCUUGAUUUGCGACGUUCGCCUUGACAGGGCAAUGUUAUUCUGCAAAUCAUCACCGAGUUCUGCGCCGAGUUCCGCAACGCGAUCGACGGUCACUCGGGUGACUUGUCCCUCAACGAGCUGUCCGGUGGUGCGCGUAUCUCGUUCGUCUUCCACGAACUCUACUCGAACGGCGUCAAGUCGCUCGACCCCUUUGACCAAGUCAAGGACGCCGACAUCCGUACGAUCUUGUACAACUCGUCCGGCUCGUCGCCGGCUUUGUUCGUCGGUACGGCCGCGUUCGAGGUCAUUAUCAAGCAACAGAUCAAGCGUAUUGAGGAACCGUCGCUCAAGUGCGCGAACCUCGUUUACGAUGAGCUCAUGCGGAUACUGAACCAGCUCUUGACCAAGAAUGUGAGUUGUGACCGAUUCUCCGUUGAACCGUUCAACGGGGGGAAGAGGGGCUGAUGCUCGUCCUCAUCAUCACAGGCCACCUUCAAACGAUACCCGGCGCUGCGAGAUCGCUUCUACUCGACCGUGCAGAACUUUUACCGCAAGUCGAUGGUACCGACCAACAAGCUCGUCACCGAUCUCGUUUCGAUGGAAGCGACCUACAUCAACACCGGUCACCCCGACUUCAUCUCGGGUCACAAAGCCAUGGCGAUCGUCGCCGAUCGAAUCGCUGCUGCGAAACCGGCUCCUCCGACGCAUGAUCCCAAGUCGGGCAAAAUGGCGCCGGGGACGUUGAACAACGGUCGUGAUCUGGACGUUGACCUCAAGAAGGAAGAAGGGUUCUUUGGCUCGUUCUGGCCGGGAGGGAAGAAACCCAUCGUGCCGGCGAACCGUAAAGGCGCUGCCGCGAUGGAUGCUCCCCCACCCGUGUUGAGGGCUUCGGGCACCUUGUCCGAACGCGAAACGAUGGAAACCGAAGUCAUCAAACUGCUCAUUAGCUCGUACUUCUCCCUCUCCAAGAGGACCUUGAUCGACAUGGUGCCGAAAGCGAUCAUGCUCAAUCUCGUCUUCCACGCCAAGGACGACUUGCAGAAGGAGCUGUUGGGCGAGUUGUACAAGACCGAGGUGAUCGAUGAUGUGCUCAAGGAGUCGGAUCAGGUCGUCACGCGUCGUAAGGAGUGCGUAAAGAUGAUUGCGGCGCUGACCAAGGCCGAAGGGAUCACGGCUAGUGUUGGGGUGUAG